AAAUGACGUCAGGAUACACCCCGAACUGAUUGUCUAUAGCGAACGUCUGCGCAUGCGUCAAUAUUGACGCCAUGUUUGUUGUGAUAUUUCACUUCGUGAGGACAAACUUGUGAUAUUCAUCAUAUUUGCAACUCAUUGGCUUACAAUUAUAGUCAACAACUAAUUUGGGAGAGCAAAUAUUUAUAACUGUCACAUCAAUCAAAACAAAAUGGAAGAUGUUGAUGAAGGGUUUGGCUCUAAUGAGAGUAACCACAGCAACUGCAAUAAAGAAACUAUCCUUACUGAUCUCAAAUACUUAAAUGGCCAAAGUGUUCUUGAUAAAAACACAAAUGGUAAUAGUCUUUUAAAUGGCAGCAUAUUGAAAAAUGGUAGCCAAAAAGUCGAAAAUUCCCUUGAUAUGCCAGAUGAUAGUAAAGAUUUAGAUUUGAGAAACAAUAAAAGUAUAUCUGAAACAUCACCUUGCAUUGGCUUUGCUAAGGCAUUAAGAGACCAUAACAUUAAAAAUUGUACCCCAGAUGAACAAUCAAAUUCAAAAGAAUUACACGAGACCUGUUUAGGGCAAAGAUCUUCUAAUGAAAAUAAAAAUAGCAACUGUUCUUUAGACAGUAAGGGUGAAGUUGAAAAACAAUCAGGGAAGGUUUCUCCUAUAAAUGUGUCAUUAUCUCAUAUUAACAACAAAGAAGGUGAAGUUCCAAAUAAAUGUAAAAGUAGCCAGGUGGAAGAGAUGAUAGUUCAUACAGAUAGAGACAGUUCAAGAAAUUCAGAUAGAAAUUCUGCAACAGACAUUAAAAUUAACAAAAACAAAGACUGUAGUGAAAAUGAUUCUCAUGAAACUGUAUUAAUAGAAAAUGAAAUGAACAACAAAUGUCUUGAUAAAAUGGAAACUAUUGACAGAAAUGCUCUAAAUAAAACUCCUGUGAAGCAACAUACAAGUUCAGCUGAAGGUGAAAGAUCUCCAUUUCUUUUAGAUGAUAAAGUAAGAAAUUCUUUGAAAGGGUUAGUAGCCAAGGUAAAGUCCUCAGAGUUGUCAAGGGAGAGUAUGAGUCCAGCUGAAUCAUCCGUAAGUGGAGAUACUGAUGAGCUAGCAUCUCCUAGAAAGUUACAUGAAGAUGACUUAUCAAUAGAAGAGGAAACUGAUCUAUUAGAAUCUGCAUCUAUGAAAGAUACAGAUGAAUGUGAUCUUGAAGAUUGUGAAGAUGGAAUAUCUAUGGAAAUUGGAAGUGAAAAUGAAGAUGAUCUUUUAGAAAUUGAUUCAGAUCUUCCUUCUAGCAAAAAGUGCAAUAAUGAGAAAGCUAAAAUUACUAAUCAAGACAAAAAUAUAGAAAAUUGUCCCAAUCAAAAGACAAAUUCAAAUACAAGUACAGAACUUGAAGAUAGUAAUAGUGCUAUUGAAAUUGAUAUAACAAGUGAUAAUGAAGACGAUGCUGUCGUAGAAUCUGAACCUGAAAAAGAAUUUCAAAGAUUCAAGCAUGCGUCUAUUGAAAAAAUACAGUUUGAGGAGGACAGUAAUAGUAAUGGAAAUUCUGGUAAAAUAAAUGAUAUUGUGAAUUUUCUAAAUCACGAUUUGUCUGGAACAAAUUCCCCUCUAACAACUAGUGACACUAUUUUGAUUGGGGAUUCCAAACCUGAAGCAAUUGAUAAGAAUGUAAUUGAUAAUCAGAGUAGUAAUGCAGACACUAAAGUUGGCAGUGAUAUUGAAAUGGCUGAAGUUAAUGACAUUGAAAAAUCUGAAAAUAAUACAAAUAGCAUUGACAUAGAUCAACACACUGUCAUUAAAUCAUAUAUAAAAGGAAAUGGGGAUAAUGAAAAACUGUGUGAUGAUUCUGAUGAUAAAGAUGAAACAAUUUUAGAUGAAUUCAAAAGUAAGGAACAGAAAUCUAAUUGUGAAAAUGUACGGUAUAGUGAAAAUGAAAGAAAAGAUUUAGAAAAUUUAAACAGAAACAAUUCUAAUUCAAAACUACAAGAAAACUUCUUUACAGGUCAGUUGAUUGGAGAAGAGAAAGUAAAAGAACUAGAGGAAGAAGAUGAUGAUGUUAUAUUUGAAGGUGCAUCAAUGCCUGCCAUGAGAAAUGAGUAUCAAAAGUUACAGUUUAAAUCAGUUGUUAAACAAAGUGAAGAUGGUGAUAAAGAAAAAACAUUAAAAGAAGGAAAAGAUGUCACUGAUAAUGAUCAUGUGGCUGCAGCUGAAAAAGGGAAUGAUGAUGAGGAGGAUGAUGAUGAUGUGAUAUUUGAAAAAGAAACAAAAGUUGAAGUUCCGUCAAAGCAAAACUGUGAUAUUGCUAACAAACCCUGUUGUGCAGAUGAUGGAAAUACCAAUGUACUAACAAUUGAAAACAGUCCUUCAGAUCCCAAAAAGGAAAUUGCUAUGAUAGAAGAUAAUAGUUCAGAAAAGGUUUCAGUUAUUACUAAUAGAAACUCUUCUGAUAGAAAACGUUCUGCAGAAGAUAAAGACCAUACUGAAAAUGAAUCAAAACGAUCAAAACUUGAUUUGACUGGAUUGAUUGGUAAACUUGGAUCAAGAGUGGAACCUGCUAGCAUAGAACUGUCUGAUGAUUCAGAUGAAGAAGGGGAUAAAUCAAUGAAAGAUACUAAAGAGCUAGAAGACAAGUCAGCAGUUGUAAAACAGGUAGAGGAAAGUAAACCAGAAAAAAAUGAAAGAUUGAUCACAGUUACAGAAAAGGAAUUGGAAGAGUUGGUAAGGGAAAAGGUAAAAACGUACCUGACAUCCCAGCGAGACACACUUGUUGCCAAACUUAGUCAGAAAGUUAAAGAUCUCCAGCAGAAUAAUGACCUUUGGAAGAGACAAGUGAAGGACCUACAGGUCAAGGUUAAUGAUGUCACAGUGCUGCAACAAAAACUCGAGAAAAGAAAAGCUGCCACAGCUGCUCUUAGGCAAAUUACAACAAGGAAUGUGUCUGUACAAGUGGAUGAAGGCAGGACAAUGUCAGCUAAUGUUGUAUUAAAACAGAUGUUAGCCAUGAAAUUGAACAGAGAAUCCAGUACCCCUCCCACAUCAUCCUCAGCCAACCUGUUUUACUCGACUGCAAGCUCUAAAACAAACAAGAUGGUUUCCACCCCACAACGUCCAGUGACACAGCCACCCCUUGUUUCAGCAACAGGAAAUGGCACUAUAAGACUUCCUAUUCAACAAUCACAACAAAGUCUAACUUCUCAACUUCCACAAGGACCUAAAGUGCACGUAUCAACAUAUCAGACUCCAUCAGUGAAGAGUUUGUUAGAUACAACAAGAGUACAGAAAACAGUUGGAUCAAUGACUACAGUCGUCGCUGCAACAACUACAGUCAACACAUCUAUGUUAGAAUUUAUACCCUUCACCUCAACAUAUGUGCCUAAAUCUGCCACAGCUACCUUUCAGGGUUAUGGUCAACCAGCUGUUGCCCAAAUUACAACUCAAAAUAGUGUGCCAAAAAGUGUUAUGGUUACUAAAAGUAUGGCAGUGCCCAAAACAGUGACCAUACCUUCACCUAGCAGCACUGCUAAAGUGAUUGAUCUCACUGAUGAUGAUGAUAGUAAUAAAACAAGACUGGUAACAUUACCAGGUGGUUUAGGUGCUAUGACCAGUCAACAAGGUGUACGACAUGUUCUAGCACCACCGGGAACACAGUUUGUACGUACUGGACUACCAAAUCAGCCGACAUAUCAGCUUGUGUUCAGUUCUCCACCAGCUGUCAGGCCAGGUAUGAUGAUGACAGUCGCUUCUGGCCUUCCACAAACAGCUCCCUUGAUCAAUACAGUACAGCAGUCUCCAACGUUGGUUAAUCUUACUUCACCAACUUCUGUUGCACCCGGUACCAGUCUAGCACGAGCAGCAGUAUCAGCAACUCCGACAACACAAAAGGUAGUUACUGCUACUCACCCUGCACCAUUCCCUGCUCUACCACCUAAACAACAAAGUAAUGGUCUCAAAGAACUACCACCAAAACCUUGUCUCAAAAUUUCCAGAGUUAGUCAAGGUAUAGUGUUAUCCUGGAACAUGACCUUGAAUGACCUUCAUGCAGAGAUAUCUAACUAUCAGUUGUUUGCCUACCAAGAAACUUCUGCCCCUCCAGUCCCAUCUCUAUGGAAAAAGGUUGGCGAUGUAAAAGCCCUUCCACUGCCAAUGGCCUGUACUUUAACACAAUUCCAAGUGGGGAACAAAUAUCAUUUUGCUGUAAGAGCAAUGGAUGCACACAACAGAGUUGGUGACUUUAGUGACCCAGGGUCAAUACAUCUUACACCAAGCACACCUACAAAAUAAUAGUCCAUAAUCCACGCCUUGCUCACUGAACAACAAAUGGAAAAAAAAUCUGAAUGAAAAUUUCUAUACAAAUAUUAACUGCAAGGAAGUGAACACAAAUUAUGUAACAAAUCUCGUAUUAUGUUUACUAAUGUCACGCCACGGACAAAGAAAAAACAUUAAAACAUUUUUCUUUGUUGAUUACUGUGGCCUUGUCGCUUCAGUUCUUCCAUAAAGAUUUUAAAUUUGUAAGUUACAUAAUACCGAACAGAUAAGUUACUCAAGUUUCAAGUAUUGACACAAUCCCCAAAAUAAGAUAAAGAUAUGCAAAGCUUGACAAGGUUUUGUAUUUAGAAAUAUUUAUUGGCAGCUACAUGAACUUAAAGGCCGUAGUCAUUAUGUACAUUAUUUGUUUGCGUUUUAAUUAUUAUAUAUUUUAUUGGGGGAAAAUAGCGAACACAAGUCAGUUGUUUUACCACUUACGUGCUUUAUUUGUUAUGACAGCAAAGAAAUUCUUUAACUAUUCAAUAUAUUGAAUACAAUUUUAUUUGAAGAAAACCAUUUGAAGGACAUAGGGAAAUAUUUUUUUGUUUGAAUAACUUCAAGUGGUGUAAAGUGUUUUAUGAAGUAUAUCACAUGAUGUUUUACACUCGACAACUUAGUUUUGAUACGAAUUUUCAAAAGAAGGAAGUUUUAAAAUGUAAAAUAAUGAAUUUGUAAACGUGGAAAACUAGGGGCAUUUUUUUAGCUCGACUUUUCUAUGAAAAGGGGAGCUAUCCUACUCGCCUCGGCGUCGGCGUCGGCGUCACACCCUUGGUUAAGUUUUUCGUACCACCCCACUUUAUUUCAGAAGUAUUACAAGUAUGGCUUUGAAACUUACCAUACUUGUUCACCAUCAUAACCUCCAUCUACAGACAAGAGUACAUAACUCUGUCAAGGUUUUUGACAGAAUUAUGGCCCUUUUUUGACUUAGAAAGUGUAUUGAGCUUGGUUAAGUUUUUUGUACCACCUCACUUUAUUUCAAAACCAUUGGAGGUAUUGCUUUGAAACUGACCAUACUUGUUUACCAUCACGACCUUCAUCAACAGACAAGAGGACAUAACUCUGUCAAGGUUUUUGACAGAAUUAUGCCCCCUUUUGACUUAGAAAAUACAUUGAAUAUGGGUAAAAUCCACUUAUUGCCUUAACCCUUUGAGAUAUUGCUUUGAAACUUUUAAUGCUAUUUCACAUCAUUACCCCCAUCUGUACGCAAGAGAAGGUAACUCUGUCAAGGAUUUGUUUUAAAAAUUAAGGCCUUUUAUCGACUUAGAAUCUUGGUUAAGUUUUUAGUACCAGUCCACUUUUUGACUGAACUGUUUGAGAUAUUAAUUUGAAAGUUGGAAUACUUGUUUACAAUCAUGAUUCCCAAACAUGUCCAGGAGAAGGUAAUUCUGUCAAAGAUUUUAUUUGAAUUAUGGCCCUUAACUGUCAAUGUUUUGUAUUAUAGGCAAGCACUAAAAAAGUCGAGCGCGCUGUCUUACGGACAGCUCUUGUUAUUUUCUCUUUCGCAUUUCUGCCAAAAUAUGUCGGACACUGGGUUUUAAUUUUUGAUGUUUGAGUAGAGAGUAGAAUGUGUAAUGUCCGUUCGUGUGUAUGUGAUUUAUCUCUGUAUGUGUCUAAAUAAAUACCGCACUAUUGUGCUGGUCUCAUUUUUACAUAGUCAGGCAUUUUAUGUUGUCAGUUGUAAAUAUUACUGCAUUUUUACAAUGUUGUACUACAAAUAAUAACAAAUUUUAAUUCUGUAUUGAGAAACUGUCAAGAAUGACCUUUGACCCGGCACUCUGUUUUUGGAUAGUUUGGUAAUUGACACCUUUUAGUUCUGAAACCUGCAACACUUACUUUAUAAUAACACAAAUAAACCACUAGCUAUUGUAAGCAUUGCAAAUUAAGAUUGUUACAUAUCUCAUUAAAAGUUUAUUAUCUGAUGAGAUUCAAACUUAAUACAAAAUGGUAUUACUAGGUAUGUACAGCUAUGUAUGAUUUUGUUUGUUGUUUUCUGUUUAUAAACAAAUCAUGAUUUUAGAUUGUGUGUCCAAGGUCAUCCUUGUUUCACAGUGAACUUGAUACUUAAAAUAAAUUUCCUAAAUUUUA